CUUUGAAAAUGGCGGAGGAAUUGAAUGAUUGAAAUUGAAAAGCAUUCCAAAUGUUUUUAAUUACUUUGCUUUUAGUUCGGCUGAGGUGAAAAAAUCAUUUCGUAUCGGAAAGGUCUCAUCAGCUGUGUUAUCCAAGCAGUAUUGAAUUAUGGACAAAUUCAGUGAUUAUUCACCACUCUCAGGAGCCAUCUAUAACAGACCGUACCUCUCGUCUACUCCAGAUGUUUUGCAGUCGAAGAGGUACAGAGACUUGAACAUAAAUAAUGGUCUGAAUGGUUUGGGCAGAGAAAAUCUGUUUGGGGACAGAAUGACCUUUGGUUCCCCUAGGUACCCUUCUCCCUUGGACAGAAUCCGAGCAGACAGGAGCGAUUUAAGAUAUGCUGCUGAAAUAAAUGGAAUGAGGGAGUCGUCAUUUGAAAUAAAUCAGUCGUUCCCAAAGAUGACGAAAACAUCGAGAUGUCUGGAUGAAACCAUGACAAAACCAAGGUCCAAGAAAGUAAACCUUCAAGAAGAGAUCAGAGAUUUAGGCUGUGAGUUCCAUGAUGUUAGCUUCGGCCCUGGUCAGACAAAGGGAUCGUGGUCCUCGGAGCUCCAUCCUGACCGAGAGAACUGGUCAUUCUACAGCUACAUCGGCGGGGGGCAUACAGGGACGGUGUUUCCCUCCACCAUACGAAACCCCAAUAAAGCUAUCUGUACAAUCAAUUCAAAGACUUCUGAGAUCCUUACUGCAAAUGAUAUGACUUGUGAACUCUUUGGGUAUGAAACAGAGGAGUUGUUGGGCAAAAAACUCAAGGACCUUAUCAAGUUAAAGCCCAAAGAACAAGCUACAAUACAGGAAUGCCACUUUGAUGAGUCCUCGGGAAACAUUGUCAGUCUUGCUGGAAAAGUGGUAGAUGCCAUUGACAGCAAUGGCCUGAUCAUGCCAAUAUCUGUGUGGGUAAAAAAACUGGAUCAGGAGACAGAGCAGAGGGCCUUGGUUGUCAUGGAGCCGGUUGAGAGAACUGUUGCCAUGGUGACAUUUAAUGCUGAGGGAACAAUUUUAUCCUGUGACCAUCAAAUGGCUUAUUUGUAUGGCUACUUUUCACCAGAUGACCUGGAAGGUGUCAAAAUCAAACAGCUGAUUCCAUCUUUACAGCUUCCAGUGGAAGGAAAACCAUUGGAAAAGGAUUUGAGAAAACAAAGAGCAACAGGGAAAACGAAAGAUGGAGCUUGCUUUCCUCUCAGUCUGUCCGUCAAGCUGGCAUCAGAAGUAGACAGCUCCCGGCCCGUUUCUACAGGGGGUGUCAAAGAUGAGAGGGAGAGUGUGUAUGUGGGAAUUCUGUGGGUGUUCUCAAACAUAAGUGGAUUGGUCACCAUGCUGCCUGAUGGAACAAUAAAUAGCAUCAAUGAAAACUUUGCGCUGAUGCUGUUUGGUUACUCUAGAGCAGAUCUGAUAGGAAAGGAUAUUUCGAUCUUGAUCCCCGAUUUCUAUGAUAUCUUGGAACUGGAGGAGAACUCAGAGGCUGCAAGUCACCACAGUGGUCUAGACAAUCCAAACCUGCUGCCUGAUGACAACAAAGAUCUGCAGGAAGUGGACAGCAGUGAUGACCAGGGUAUAGGGAGCAGCAUCACCUCCAAUCAGUGUCCCCCUGCUGUAGACACCCACCCCCUGCUGGGUCCAGGGGUCACCUCUACCCCCAACAGAACCCAGGCUGUAUCAUUUUUCAGGAGAGGAUCUAACAAAGAGUCGGGGAGUGAGGUGGAGAUCUCUCCACUAGCUGGAGGGAUGAAGCAGGAUCAGAUUGGGAGAUUAGAGUUCAGUGACAGCGAGGAAGAGGAGGAAGAGGCGAUGAUCAGGACGGACGCGAGGUCCCCGGAGACCUGUCAGAGUGACUUGUCUGCCUCCAGCACCGAGACCGUCCCUACAGCAAGGGAAGUCACCAGAAACGUCGCAAUCAUUCAGGAAGUGAACAAGGGUUGUAUGGAGAGCUGUGACAGGAAUGGAAUGGAGGAAAAAAAUUGUGAGAAAGGAUUGAGUACUGAUGAAUAUCUCUCCCAAAAGAAAGAGGAUGAUGGCAAAGAUAAAGGAGAUUCUGUAAGUGAAGAGAUGCUGGUUGUGUGUAAUUCUCAGGAAGAAAAGAAUUCUCCUGUUGCUUGUACAUCAGCACAGACUCCAGUUAUUGAAGAAGGUGUUAAAACUCAAUCAAAAUCAGAAACAGAGAGUUCACAACACUCUGCAGAUAGAGCAGUAUUUCUCCAGACACUUCAUGACACAAAUAAAAUAUUAAUGGAGAUCAAGUCAAGUAUGGAUGAUCCUGUUGUGUGUGUAGAUCCUAAAGCUGAAGCAGACUACAGACAAGAAAAUGUUGAACAGAGGACAGCAAAUGUAAAAGUGAAUUCUGAAGCAAGCGUUGAUAGUGACGGCAAAAAUCAAAAGUCUGAACUCGACGUUUCAAAUUCAACUGUAGAAUUGCUAGCAGCUGGCGUGGGAGUGCUGGAUUUGAGUGAUUCUGGCUGUCUGGAACGAGAAAUGGACUCUCUGGACAAGUCGGGAACAUUGGCAGACAUCAGCAGCAGUGUUCAUUCUAGUGCUAUAUUAAAAGACUGCUCCAGGGAAAGUCUCAGGGAUGACUCAUCUUUCCCAGCUCAUCAAGACUAUAUUCCUAAAUGCAACACUGACAGUGUCCUUGAAGAAAUUAGUUCUGUGGAAAAUUCACUUGAUCUUGUACAUGGUGUUGAAGUGCACAAGUCGCCCCUACUGCACAUUAAUAGUAACAACUCUUGCCAUUCUAGUGGCCACAGUACGGAUCACCAGCCAGAGUCAUCGUUCGACCCAGUAAGCAGCUACAAUCACAGUAGCAGCUUAUUGACAGACAGUGUGAGCUUUCAUGAAAGAGACAGUGGCUGUAGUCCCAGGAAACACAAGAGGAGGGAUCGAGGGAAGGAGGCAUCUAACCAACACAGCUCCUCCUCAGCUUGUCAGUCGGUGGUGUUUCCUGAAGGUUCCUACGCAGGGCAAGGAAAACAUAGGGAUAGAUCUUAUCUAGGAAUAAUAUUUCAGCUGAAGCGUGUGACGUUGGAGGAUGGUAGCGUCAGGUACUGCAUGUGGGUGUCCAGGGAUCCCGAGGAACCAGCAGAGGGUGGGAGGUCCUUCGCCAACCUCACUCUGGCCACGACCCUCAACAGCACCAUGGACUGCUCGGGCAACUUUAGCCUAGGAGAUCUUCUGGCUGACAAAGCCUGUUCUGAUUCAAAAGUAGAGCAUGAUGGGAAUGUUAAGGAAGGAGCUCAGCAAAAUGAUGGGGUGGAGGACGAUGGUGAUGAUGGGGUCUCAGCAGGGAGAGGGCUGUUUGACAUCAAGUACCACACCCUUAAUGCCAUCGGCAAAGGGGCAUUUGGAUUUGUAAAGUUGGCCAGAAGAAAAAUUGAUGAGGAGGAGGUUGUAGUGAAGUUCAUCAAGAAGAACAAGGUGCUGUCGGAGUGCUGGACGGAGAACCAGAGAGGCAGGAGACUACCACUGGAGGUGUCAUUGCUGAAGAUGCUCAAGCACCCCAACAUUGUGAAGGUGUUAGAUGUAUUUGAGAAUGAGGACUAUAUACAGAUGGUGAUGGAGAAACACGGCAGUGGGAUGGACUUGUUUGAGUUUAUAGAUCGGUCUCCUCUGAUGGACGAAGCACUGGCUAGCUAUAUUUUCAGACAGAUAGUGGCUGGGGUGGCAUACUUGCAUAGCCUUAACAUCGUUCAUCGAGACAUCAAGGAUGAGAACGUUAUUCUCAACGAAGACUUUCGCAUCAAGCUGAUUGACUUUGGCGCAGCCGCAUACAUGAUGCCCGGGAAACUGUUCGGAACAUUCUGUGGAACCAUGGAAUACUGCAGUCCCGAAGUUCUGUUGGGAAACAGAUAUGAAGGCCCAGAGUUGGAGAUGUGGUCCCUAGGGGUGACUUUAUACACACUGGUGUAUGGAGAAAACCCUUUCUUUGAUGUUGAGGAGACCAUUAAAGGGAAGCUGAAGCCACCAUUCCAGGUCUCGAGAGGUCUGACACAUCUACUCUCUGGACUGUUGAAUCCCAGUCCUGCUAAGCGACUGACCGUUAAGGAUUGUCAGAGAGAUAUCUGGACUAAUCAACCUGUUGAUGCCUCUCAGUAUUCUUGGGAAGAAGUCCUGCCAAACUGUGAAUUUCAUGGAAACACUGCAUCAGACAACAGAAUUGAUUCUCCUGAUUCUAAAGUGAACUCUCAGAAUGCAGCUAGCCACACAGAGAAGUAUAUAGACAAUGUGUAUAAGGACAAAGAACUUCUUCCUCCGGUGCCCCCUUUCUCCCCUCCCGGUUAUCACACACAUGUGUUUGACUCCAAGUACUACUCUGUGGUGGAUGUGUAGCAAUAAUUGGCAUGCUAACAAUUUAGUUAUUUUUUCUAAAGUCACAUGAGAGUGCUUUUUUUCAUUCUUUCCUUCAUUUCUUUCAUUCAACCAGAUUUGCCUCAGAGCAGUUAAGGUCAGACGACACGUUCGUUGGUAAAAAAGAUGAUUAUUUUAAAAUUUUCAACGGCCUGGUAUUAUACCAAAUAAACUUAUUGUUAUUUAUUAUGAAUUUUUAAAUGAUUAAAAAUAUAAUUGCAGAAAAAUUUUAUAUUAGCAAUUCAAGUGUUUUUUCAAUAGGAUUAUAUAGGAAAUGCAUUCUCAAGUAUCUUGCACAAAUGCCUGGUAAGGUACCCUAAUUUUUUGCAAGAAAGCUUGUCAAAGCAGUAGUAAAUCAAUAACAAAUUCCUGGAAAUAGUGAUAUAAAAUUUAGGAAUGGUUCAUCUGACCUUAAGAAAAGAAAAAAAUUGGAUGUUUAGGAUUUCAGAAUUAAUAAUAUUAAUAAGUUUAGACAGAAUAAAAUACAUGUACAUCAUAGAUGUUACCUCAUAUUUUACUAAUGAAUCUGUACUUGUGAUGUUGUGCCUCUAACCUUACAGUAUUGUGUCAUGUUGAAACCAAAAUACAAAAUAAAUACCAAUGUACAAGUAGCAUGAUGUUGGCUGGACUAUAUAUUUUAUAGAUGAAUAUGCGUAUUGAAUUUAUUUUGUUGAAAUACAAAUAUUUAUGUUUAAUAAUGGUACAUACAAAAUAUUUUGACUUUCAGUAUAUAAGUAAUUAAAUGAUGACAAUGUCAUUAAAUGAUUAAAUGACAAUGGUAUAGGGUAUCCAUAGUUAGAAAAAAACCCCAGAGUUUUCAUUGUAGAAUCAGGCAAAUAAACCCAGCUUUUUAUACAUGUAUGUCAUUUAUGAAUUUAAAUGACAGUUAUAUGGUAUGUGAGAUUUGGUUGUUUGUUAUACAUGUAAUUAUGAAUUGAAAAUGUAAACAUUGUAAAAUACUGUGUAUAAUCAAAAAUUUGUUUUAUUGUCAUAAACUUAUGCACUGUACUGUAGUCAUAUAUAUUUUGUUAUGAGAUAUAUUAUUUUGUGCCACAAUUUACUGGUCUGUACCCUGGGUGCUGUCGUUCUUAAUAUUUAGUCAGUUUUUAUUAUAUUUUGCAAUUUUAGUCAUAUUAUGUACUUUUGAAUAGGGUGAACUAUGUUUUGGCAAUAUGAUACUAAUCUAUGCAAUAUUGAGAUAUUAUUCUGACAUUUUUGUGCCAUAGACAAAUGUCUGCAAAUUUGAUAAGAUUUGACCUGUUCUUUGGGAUAAGUUUGAAUAAGUUCAAAGUUUUUUGGAAAAUAUCAUGGUUGUACAUGUAAGUUUAAGAAUUUUACGUUUUGAAGGGAGUGAUCAGAAUAUAUUUUAUUUGUGGUUCUUUUCUGGUUUGUAAACAUGUAGAUUUAUUACAGUCAAAAACGUGUAUAUCGUGUUCAAAAUCUAUACCUGUUGAUGUGGGCAAAUAUUAUAUUGGAAACCAUUGCUUGUCACAUGAUACUUUUAUGAGAUUCGGUUUUUUUUAUAACUGCCGUUAUUAAAUGUUUUUAUUCACAUCA